AUGGCAGCAGCGGCAGUCCAAAGACAUGAUGUUCCGACGACACUCAACUUUUACAAGCCAAAUGCGGAUGGAUCGCCGCCCAAGCCAGCUUACCUAGCGCGACCAGAAACAUUCGAGCGUCCCCCGGAGAGCCAUCAAGUGACCGUUCAUGAUGUGUCCGGAGACGAGAACACAUACACGUUGGACAGCCACGGAUUCCAAUUUGUCACGUCUCCUAGCAAAGAGAGAGACUUCAUGGAUGCGGACCGAAUCGAGGACGUAUAUUACAAGGAAGUUGAACAGCUCUUGAAAGAAGUAACUGGCGCCGCGCGCGUGCACAUCUUCGAUCAUACGAUUCGAAGGCCGUCCCAGAAGCAAGCAAAUGAGACCAGGGGUAACGGAGCAGUAGUACACGACGCAGAGAAGCAUGAUCCGCCUCCUCCCUCACACGUAGCAUUCCAUUUGCCUAAAGAUGCCGAAAAGCUUCUCAAAGGCCGUGUGCAGCUCAUCAACGUCUGGCGGCCCAUCAAAACGGUCAGGCGAGAUCUCCUAGCCGUGUCGCCAUCGCAGUGCUUCUCCGAGGAUGAUGUCGUCGUGGUUCCCGUCAUCUACCCUCAUGGCAACCGCACCGGCGCGAUACUGUCAGUCAAGUACACUGACCGCCAGCGGUGGUACUACAAAGGACAUCAGACUCCGGAGGAAGUGCUGAUAUUCAAGUAUUUCGACAAUCGUGUGGGUACGCAGAGUGCGAAGAAGUAUGAGAAUCGUGCGAAGCGGGUGCCUCAUUCUGCGUUCGAGAUUCCGGGGGCCGAAAGGGAGGAAGACCGCGAGAGUAUCGAGGUGUGA